UAAAAAUACAUCCACCUCUUAAGCUUAUCUCUAUCUAGACCGUUUGGUAAGAAAAGAAGAACCUAGGUUGAACUGUUUGGUCCCAACAUAAAAUAUAGUGACACAAUAAUUGGUCGGUCCCAUCCAUAUAUGUAUUUUCAGGUGUUAUAAAAGCUGAAUUUGGCCAAAGUGCCUAAAACUUCAAAAUUUAUCCAUUGCUUUAAUGUCCUAGCUCUCCCACCCAAUAAACACCACCAACACCAAAAACCUUUAUUUGAACACACAAAGCACAAACAAUGCCUUUGUUAACCGAUGAAUUGAAGUCCAAAGCUGAGGUGUAUUAUGGUGACAAAGUUUGCAGGGAGAAGUUCUCUCUUUUGCUAGCAGAAAAAGGUCUACCAGAUGGAUUGUUAACCAUACAGGACAUUGAGGAAUGUGGGCACGUGAAGGAAAUAGGCUUUGUUUGGCUCAAGCUUGGGAAGAAGAUGGAGAGCAAGUUUGAUAACAUCCUUGUUUGCUAUGAUUCAGUGGUCACUGCUUAUGUGGAGCCAAACAAGAUCAAGAAUCUUACUGGCGUUAAGGCUAGAGAUUUCUUGGUUUGGUUCACCUUGCAGGAGAUUUAUGUCAAGCCAGUUAAGAAAGGUGGAUCCUUCAUCACCUUCAAGUCUUUGGUUGGUUUGUCCAUGUCAUUUCCAGUGUCAUUGUUCCAAGCUGGGAAACUUGAAGACAAGGAAAAUCAAAUUGUAAUUAAUUAAUUAGUGCAAAAACUGGUCAUGAUAAUUAUUCACAUCAUAUUAUGCUUGACGUGAUGCACUUGUAUAUAUAUUUUUAUUAUUAUUUGUUGUUUGUAGUUUAUUGAAAAUUGGGAACCUCUGUAAAAUGAGAGGGUACCGGAAAAAGAAUAUGCUAAGCAAUAUUUGUUCCAUAAGAAUAUGCUUAAUAAACUGCUUAUUGUCCUCUUUCCAAA